ACUUUGUUUACCUUGAGAGCAAUGGCGACAGGAGGGAGGGGAGCGCUGUCUCUCCUGCAGAACUACGGUUCGGAGAGUGAAGGCGACUCGGGCUACACGAGCGAAGACGAGAAGAAGAGAAAAACCGAGUCCAGCAGUCCUCACGAACGGAAGAAGAAGAAGCGGAGAGCGGAAGAGGACGAAGAAAUGGCCGUGGAUCACCCCUCCUCCUCUUCCUCUUCCCCCUCGGCCUCGUCACCAUGUCCUCCUCCUCCUCCUCCUCCUCCUUCCUCUUCUGCCUUAGAGACGAUGAUGAUGGAGAGUCACAAUCUCUCACUAUCUCAGAAUCACCAUCUCUCCAUGGACGCUACCUCACACAUACCACCUGCCACUCGCACCAUACCUCUCCCAAGAGAACUACUACAAGGUGGAGAGGAACACAUAGAUGACCCCUCACAGCACCAGGGGAGAAUCAGAUCCAUUGCCCAUGAGCGGGGGAACUGGGCAUCUAUCGUUUACGUUCCCUUGCACCUAGGUGUUUUUGCCGCCAGUUUUGCAUCGUUUAUAGCAUCGCUUGUGGCUGCGUGUCAGGACUACAACCUGAUACUCACCCCCUCAUCCGAUCUGCAUAUUUCAUUAACAAGAACUCUCAUACUUCGCCUGCACUGGAUCCAACCUUUAACAGAGGAUCUCAGAGCAAAAUUAAGCAAAUUUUCAAGAUUUUCACUUUGGCUGCACGGCUUGAGCGUUUAUGUAAAUGAGGAGCGCACUAGAACCUUUCUGGGGAUACGUGUUUGCCAUGGGAGGAACGAGCUGGAUGAUAUAGUGUCCGACAUUGACUCGUGCAUUGCGGAGUACAGACUGCCACGGUUCUAUAAGGAUGGCUCGUAUCACGUGAGCGUAGCCUGGUGCACAGGAGACGUCUCGGAGUCCCUACGACGCCUCCUCCCGCAACUGGAAAAUAUCUGCAGCCAGUACUUCUCAGUGGAGUCAGAAAUGCGUACUUUUAAUGUUGACUCCCUCCUGUUUCGGACGGGAAAUCGUAUCCAUACCAUACACCUUAAGGCAGACCAUUAGUAAUUGAUAAUCAUGAUGUUUAGUAUCAAUUUUAUGUGUGAAUGUUUCCAGGAAAAGUACCAGUAUAAAAGUUUAUCACAUAUAUAUCAUAAUCAUGUUAUAUCUAAGCACAAAAACAGUAAUAGGCUAUAUUUAUUGGUAAUAUUUGGAAAAAAAAAAUGAUUUUUAAAUUUUGAAAUUGUUUUUUUCUCUUUUUCUUUUCUUUUAGUCCCCGACUUUUAGUUAAAAACAGUAAUUGUGAAGAUUGACAUUCACACACCUAUAGACCUAUCAGAUAUUCCAUAUUUUUUUGUCAUGAAUCUUUGACUGAAAGUAUUGCCAAUAUUCAUAAAAUAUUUUAUGGUGAAAAUGUAUUAGAAAUACUUUUUAUUUAUUUAUUCUUUAUUUUUUUUCAUUCAAAUUUUCUGUCUUCUUCUUACAAGGACUAAUAGAAUAGACACAAUUAUAAUUUAUUUACUAAUACGGGUGAAAGUUUUUUAAUAGCAUUGACUUGCCUUAAGUUUAACAGUGUCUAUGUAGUUACCAGAAGUCGGAAAUUCCAUGCGAUGUUUGCAUUGUUGCAGAACCUGUGUGCAGCAUGAGUGCAACUACUGCGAACCUGCAUAUUCCAGAGAACAAAACUCCUUUCCAAGAAUUGUACUUUUGAUAUAAUAUUAGAAGAUUUUAUGUUUCAUUUGUGUGAAUUGCAUUCAAUAGAUACAUAAAGAAUUAAAAAUUG